AUGAUGUUCAAGGGGAUGCGGAUUUCGGUCUGUCAACUGAUCUUUUACAUUGCUUCCUUUAUUAUCGGCUUGCAAUUGUGGGCGUUAUGGAAGCAAUCUUCACAUCCACAUUUCCCUCACCAUGGUCCUGAUUCAUGGCAAUUCAACGCUGACAAGGAUGCAAAUGUGCACUCCUUCAGCAACGAGCAAUGCGAUAUUGCUUUCCCCAAAUUAUAUUACAGCCUGGAACAAGCUGCAAAGCGGAGGAAUGGAAAGAAGAUCCAGCGACACGAGAUCGAGAUCGAGGAGGGACGCUGCAUGCUUCGGCUCAUGAUCUUUGAAGGCGAGCUUUUUGUCAUCGACUCCGGCCUUCCAGAAAGAUGUUAUGUUGCAAACGGCAAUGAGCGUGAGCGUAUCCUCGGCACCCUUGCCCAGAUCGACCGUGCCAUCGCUACCUCCCCAUAUUCUGACCCUGCCAUCCCGAACAUCGAAUUCUCCAUGUCACUUGAUGAUCUUCCUCUCCGCUCCACGAGAAAGGGAUCUUUCUUGGGCUACACCCGCCAAGAUCACGCCAACUACACCGACAUCUGGCUCAUGCCCAACUACGCCUACUGGAGCUGGAACUACACCCACGCACCAAGCUGGAACAGCAUCAGGAAGGAAAUCAACGACGUCGAGCAGGGAAGGACGUGGGCAGACAAAGAUCCAAGAGUCGUAUGGAGGGGCAAGAUCAAGAUGGCGAAGUUGAGGGAGGAGCUCGUCAGUGUCAGUGCAGGAAAAGACUGGAGUGACAUCAAGCCGGUCGUUAUCAACAAUCCCAAAGAUAAGAACACCAAGGAUGUGAUGAACCUGAGGGAUUUCUGCGGAUACAAAUACACAGUUCAGACCGAAGGAACUUCAUAUUCCGGCCGCCUCAAAUACCUUCAACUCUGCCGAUCUGCACUUAUUACGCAUCCGCUCGAGUGGCAGGAAUUCCACACCCAUCUCAUGCAACUAUCCGGACCGGAAACCAACUUCAUCGAAGCAUCGGAGAACUUUGGGAACUUGGAGGCCGCAAUGGAGUAUUUCAAACAGCACGACAACGAAGCCGAAGAGAUUGCACGAAAUAGUUACGAAACGUUUGCCCGACGAUAUCUCACACCCGCGGCCGUCACAUGCUACUGGCGACGACUAUUCUGGACCUGGUAUUCUGUCCAAGAGGUUGAGCCUCCCCUGUAUCAAAUAGGCCUAGAUGGCAAGAAGGUCAUAAGAGGAACGCCCUGGACUGCCUUUGCGGCAAAUUGGCCACACGAUCCUUCCAUCAUUCCUUAG